CUGUCGUCUCUUAUUAUUCCAUCUACCCUUUCACCCAAAACCCCAAAUCCCCAAAACCAUCCGCACCCAACCACCGACCUUCCACUUUCCGGCAGCAUUUUCCGGCAACCCGGCACCGUCCUUCCUUCUUUCUCAAUCGUUUAGUUCUGAUAUGAACUCAGUUGUCAGACGUUUAUCAAGCUUAUUCAGACAGUCAGGUUGCGCAACUGAACCUUUUAAUGCGCAGCAUCAUCAACUGCAGCAGCUUCAGCCAUGCAGAGGCAUACGAGUGCAGGUCUAUAAUGGAAACCUGGAAGCGGCAUUGGCAUUGAUGCAGCGUAAGAUGACAUCAAGUGGAAUCGAGAGGAUGAUAAAGCGUGAACAGAGAUUCCAUAUAAAAAACUCUGAGAAGCGUGUUUUAGCCCGAAAGAACUUGGAGUGUAGGCUUCGAUCGGAGGAUCUUGCUAGGAAACUCAAGGCCAUUAUGAUCAAGAAAGUCAGGGGUCUUUAAGAAUGUUGCACUGCUACUGAGAAAAAAAUGGUUGGUGUAAGUUGCAGUUAUGCAGUAAUUUUGUAGGUGACAACAGCAGUUGAAACACACUCUUGCAAAUUGUGCAUGGAGUAAUAUGUACUUUGGUAGAUGUGAUUUUAUGUAUGAGAUGCAUGGUUUCAAUCUAAUCAAUUAAGACGAAUAAAGUAGGCAUUUCAUGAUGUGAGCAUCACAAUGUUCUUUAUAUUUGGUUAAAUCCUGAAUUUGGGUGAAUAAUAUGUUGAAUUUUCUGCUAUGAUGGAAACUGGAAUUUUCUAUAGGCAUUUCAUUGAAUUUUCAAGCAACUACA